AUGAAACAAAUUCAUCAAAUUCAAAAUCAUGAAAGUCACAGAAAUCACGAAAAUCAUGAAAAUCAUGAAAAUCCAAUCGACAAUUCUCUUGCAAACAAUAAAAAUACAAAAAAUAAUCGAUCCCAAUCAGAUUCAACUCCACUGAAGAAUAAAAGAAACUUUCAAGACUCAUCUGAUUACUCACAAAAUAACUCCAUCAAAAAAAUCGAUUCCAUUUCUAAUAGAGAAAUCAUUCCUCCUAGAAACAAAAAAUUAAAUGAUUUAAAUCAAAAAAAUACUCAAUAUUCAGACUACUGGUGUUCACCAUCAAUCGAAUCUCUACUGAAACUACCCCUACAUAAAUUAUCAUCCAUUAAAGGUUUCAUUAUUGGUAGAAAAAAUUUCGGUCAAAUCAACUUUGAUUCAUCAGUAGAUUUUGUUUCUUUCAAACUAUUUCACAACAUUGUUAAAUUUAACUCAAAAACUGUAGAGGUUUAUUCAGACGAAUCCAUAAAGCCUGCCAUUGGUUGUGGCUUGAAUGUUCCUGCCACUAUUACUUUAGAAAAUUUAUAUCCUGCCUCUUUUGAAGAAAAAUUAAACAAUAAUAAAACUUCAAAAGAAAAAAUUGAGUUUGAUGACAGCAACGAAAUUAGAAAAUUCAUCCUUACAUUGAAAAGACAGAAAGAAAUGGAAUAUGUCAAUUAUAUUCCAACUUCUGGAAGCUGGACUUUCAAAGUUAACCAUUUCAGUAUUUGGGGUUUAAUUAGUGAAGAUCCUUCAGAUGAAGACGAACCAAAAACUGACUUGGAAGAUAAUAUCCCCCAAAAAUCACCUUUGCCAGAAAUUAUAAAUCAUUUGGAAAGCAAAUCAAAUUUAGAAACCAAGAAAGUUGCAGAUUUAAAAAUCUUAGAAAAGACAGUUUUACCAAAAGAACGACAAGCUCAAAAAGUACAAAAAGCUCAAAAAGCUUCUAAAAAACACUCAAAUGAUUGGUACACUCAAGCCACACAGUUUGAUGUUAGUAACUACACAGCAUCAAAUUUUGAUGAUGAAAAAAACAAUCAUGUUACACAGGGUGAAAAAAUCACUAAAAAUAUAAACCGGAACGAAACAUACUUGUUUGAAGGUGAGUUUCCUGUUAAGAAAAUAAAAAUCGAUAACGAUGCAUCAAACAUUUCUUUUGUUCCCGGUGGUUGGAGUUUCUCUAAUGACAUAGUGCCCACUGAAAAAUCUUUGAAUGAAAAAAUCAACAUCAUUGAAGAACCUGAGAAAAAACAAAAUAAAACGAAAACUGAUUAUAAAAUUUUGCAAGAUGUGGAACAACAAGUUGAACCCAGCCUGAAAGACAUAAUUAAACAAACCGGUCUGAAACUAGUCCAUGUUAUCAGCAGUGAUACUGAAGAACCCUAUGGAAAUUUACUUGAUAUUGAUAUGGAAGAAGAUAUUGAUAUUACCAAAGGUGUCAGGGAAAAGCAAUACGAAUCUUUAGGUGUUGAUGACCGUGACUUGGAACUAUUAACCAUUGAGCCAGAUUUUGCUGUUUCAGACAAUUGGGAAGUUCAAUUACAACUAUCAGCUGCAAGCAAUUCAGCGUUUUCAGAAGGUGCAGAGGAAGUUGUUGAAAAAAUGCUCCCCAAAUUGCCUUUUAGUGAGAAAUAUUCAUCAAUUAAGUUAGACAAUUUGUUAUUUGAAGAUUUUGAUGAUUAUUUAAAUAAACAAAAUAAAAUUUUCAACAGUUUAAGAAUUAAUAAUAGAAAAAACUUUGUUAAAUGGAGCCCCAAUGGUAAUUUAAUAAUGAAUGAUUCUAUUUUUGAACAAAAAUCUGGAUGUAAAAUUUAUUCAUUUAGUAAAAAGUUUGAGGAUGCAAAUAAAACUAUAAAGGGAUCUGUAUAUGAAAAAAUUUUCAAGGAGCAUUUUGCUAUAUCAGAUAUUGCUACUAGAAAAUCAAAUGAUUAUCCUGUUUGCAAACCAAAGGAUAUCAAUAAAACUUUGAGUUUUGAAUUACUAUCGAGUUGCUUUAAGAAAGAUAUUAAUAGUAAAUUCUUAAAUAACGAAAGUGGAUUUUGGGAAUUGGCAUCAAUUUUAUUUGAAGAUAACCAAAAGGUCUUUACCAGUCUCUCCAAAUGGAUUGAGAAGGAAGUCACAUUGGAAAUUGAUGAGAAAUUAAGUUAUGAAAAAGAUGAGUCUGCUAAAAUAUUUCUUUUGUUAUGCAAACACGACAUCAAAGGAGCUAUUUCGUUGGCAAUAGAAACAAAACAUUUUAAUUUGGCUACUUUAAUAACAUUAUUGGGAAGUGGAGAAGAAAGUGUAUUUUUUGGUGCGAAAAGCCAGCUAGAGUUUUGGAUCAAAACUUCAGCAAUAAAUUAUAUUCCUAUUUCUGUAUUAAAAGUGUAUGGGCUAUUGACUGGUGAGCCAUUGACAAAUGAAUACGAAUCAUAUUUUAAUCUUGUUGAAAAUUUAUCAUGGAAAGUUUGCUUGGGGUUGGAGUUAUGGUAUGGAGAAAUUAAAUUAAAAGCACAUGAAAUAGUUUAUAAUUUUAUUCUAAACGAAAGCAAAACUGUUGAAUUUUCUAAAUUUUCAGAAGACCAUUAUUUAAAUAUAAUAAAAUUAUAUGGAAAACUCAAUAAUAACUAUAACAGCAAUGAUAUUGGACAAAUAAUUUCAGAUUUUAAAGGGAUAAAUGAGUUUGAUGUAAGGAUUCAAUGGUACAUUUAUAAAAUCUUAAAUGGGUUGAGCAAAUUUGAUAAAGUUUCUCAAGAAAAAGUUGACGAGAUUGAAGAUAAGUUAACAAUUGGGUUUGCAGAUGAAUUAGAGACUAUGAAAAUGUAUUCCGAAAGCAUAUUUAUUUUGAGUAAUUUAAAUGAAGAUAAAAUUUGCAAGAAAUCUAUUGAUAGAUUAGUGAUGAACAAAAUUGAGCAAAUUACACAUAGAAUUGAUAUCAAGAUUUUGGAAACCUUGAUCCAUGGAUUAAAAUUACCACAAGAGUUAAUAUCCAAAGCUAUUGCUUUAAAUUACAGAUACUAUGGAGAUUACUGGAAAGAAGUUAUGACAUUAAUUAGUGCAAACUCUUUUGAUGAAGCUCAUAAAAGAAUAAUUGAAAAUAUUGCACCAAACUCUAUAAUUUGCAAAGGUAACCUUAUUUUGAAGUUGAAUAACUUGAUUGAAAGCUUUCCAAUAAACGAAGUUCAAAUCAAGAACUGGUCAAAUGGGUUGCAGGUGUAUAAGGACUACAUCUCACUUUUAAAACUUGCUGAAAAAGAAAAAGAAAUUGAAGAUAACAAAAACAAUAACGAUGCUGAGAUUGAUCUGUUCAAAAAGCAAAGGGCGUCGAUUUUGAUGAAAUUAUUGAAGAGUAUCGACUUGUUGGAGAAGAAGAAUUUCAAAAUCAAAGCUGCCAGUCUAAUCAUGAAGAAAGACGUGAAAAGAUUCAUCAAGCACGACAUUCUCAAGAAUAAGUAUCUCCAGGACAUCAAAAUUGAAGAGAUUGUGUUUUCCAGAUGAUAAACACUCGCAAGCAUCAAAUAUGUCAAAUUUUUAUCCAGUUGCGUUUAUUUGGGUUAUUUUAUAUUAUUUCAGUUUUAUAUUUGAUCUGUUACUUUUUAUGAUUUUUGUUUAUAUCUGGUGUGAUCCCGAACGAAAAGGGAUUCAGUGUAGCAUAUCCGGAAAAACAGUGUUUCCAGCGAAAUUUCCCGACCAGAGCAAAGUUAGAUCCCGUGAUAUCCCCGUAAUGACUCACAUUCCUGGGCCUUGCUGAAAAAUUUGUUAUCUCAUGAAGAGCUGAG